CGUACAUGACACCAUACCAACCGACCAACUUUACACUGGCGGGCCGCUAGAGGGUGAAAAAAAAAUCGAAGAGGAAAAAAAAGGAAUAUCUGAGGGUAAGAGAGGCGGAUUUGGAAUAACUUUCCCAACUGUCCCAACUCGAGGAAGCUCCCGGGGGGAGCUGAAGGCCAGUGGAUUCCACCGAAAUAAUGGACGAAUCCCAUUUCAACUCGUCCUACUUUUGGUCUCCCGUCCCCACUGUACAAGGACAGAUCGAGAGUGCCAUGUUCCUGAACAAAACUAAGGAGCAGCUCGGCGGCGAGAAGACCGGCGCGUCUGCGUUUCCGCAUUCGGCGGCGUCCUCCGCAGGCCCGCAUUAUCCGACGGCAGUGCUCGCCAUACCUGGCUCAGUGGAGGCCGGCGCUGGGCUGAGGGUGGUCACGAAACAGGAGGGCAGCGGCUCAGCUGGAGGUGGCGGAAGCGCGUCCAUGGGCUCUGUCGGUGGUCAUGUGCACCCGUCGCACACGUCGCAGAACGUCACUGUUGUGCCUGUUCCUUCCACAGGAAUCAUGACUGCAGCGGGCCUGGUCAUUACAACCCCACAAGGAACGCUGGUACCCACUGCCUCCACGCAGUCGUUUGCAGGUGGACCUCACUCCGCCGCAACCAUGAUCGUAUCUGCAUUGCAUCCCUCAAACGCAGACAAGAAGAGUGACAUGUCAGGGGGGCCAGCCGUCGUCAUGUCGACACCGAGCAAGCGAGGCAGGAAGAGCAAGCAGACGCUAAACAGAACGAGCAGUGCCCUUCCGCCAGGAAGUGACGCAUUAAUACUGGCGCACCUUGCUGCCACUGGGCAGCACCAUUCCGCCGAUCCUUACGACCUGUCCAACGAUGAGGAUGACCACUCCAGUAAAGAUGGCCCCAAAUCGUACAGAUGUCGGAUGUGCGCCGUGACCUUCUUCAGCAAGUCGGACAUGCAAAUCCACGCAAAGUCGCACACGGAGGCCAAGCCUCACAAGUGUCCCCACUGCUCCAAGUCCUUCGCCAACUCUAGCUACCUGUCGCAGCAUAUCCGCAUCCACAGCGGGGCCAAGCCCUACAGCUGCACUUACUGCCAGAAAGCCUUCAGGCAACUCAGCCACCUGCAGCAGCACACACGCAACCACACUGAGGCCAAGCCCCACAAGUGUCCCCACUGCUCCAAGUCCUUUGCCAACUCCAGCUACCUGUCCCAGCACAUCCGAAUCCACAGCGGGGCCAAGCCCUACAGCUGCACCUACUGCCAGAAAACCUUCAGGCAGCUCAGCCACCUGCAGCAGCACACACGGAUUCACACGGGUGACCGACCAUACAAGUGUAACCAUCCUGGCUGUGAAAAAGCUUUUACUCAACUCUCCAACCUGCAGUCUCACCGACGUCAGCACAACAAGGACAAGCCGUUCAAGUGCCACAACUGCAACCGCGGUUACACGGACGCCGCAAGCCUGGAGGUGCACCUGUCCACGCACACAGUCAAGCACGCUAAGCUCUUCUCCUGCGGCCUCUGCAACCGCUCUUACACCUCGGAAACUUACCUGAUGAAACACAUGAGAAAGCACAACCCCGACACUCUAACACCAGCCGAGCAGGCGCAGGGCCUUGGCUCGGGACGGGGCCGCGGGCGUGGCAGGGGGAGAGGUCGAGGGGGUUCACUUCAAGGUCAGGCCAACCCUAACAGCGCCGGCCAGAACCCUAACGCCGGGCCCCCCAGUGGUUACCAGCCCGGCGAAGGGGUCAUCCCGUGUCCCUUCGAUCUCCACCAGUACAAGACAGUGGCGGCUGGCGAGAUCCAGUACAAACCCGGCACGGUGGCAGACCACAAAGACCUAUGCCUCACCGUCUCCACUUCCGCCAUCCAGGUGGAGCACAUGAACUCGUAGGCCACAAGAUAGACUCAUUGUAAAAUAAUCAAAAAAGAUAAAAAAACAUACCAAGAAAAACUCUUAAACGUAGUCUGGAAAAUUCUCCAAGAGGACUUUUCUACGUGUGCUUCGGCGUGGCUCUCAAAGGGAUUUGCAGUGUUUUCACAAUUAGGAAGAAGCUUUAAUGCAGAGCGCAGCCCGAAUUUUUCGUCGAGUGCCUCGUUCCUGCCUAAUAGAAAGUGGCUCCUAAAUCAGACUUUUGCAAAAAGCCACCUCGACUCCCUAGUUAUGGUUUAUCCUCCUUUACCUGAGUGGCAAAAUGGUUCGCCAAAACAGACGCUAGCGAACAGGUCGGGCCAGAAUUCACGACUGAUUUGAGAUUAAUUUAUUGACAUUAAACAGGGAACAUGCAGUCAACCCCUCUUUGUUGCGAGGGAUUUUUAGUUUUAAAGCUUUGGGAUUUUUAUUUGAAACAUGUACACAACCCCUACUUAACAUGGCGAGUAGGGUCGCGUCUGUACCUUGCGAGAGCCAUCAACACUUUGUCAGCCGCUCAAAAUGGUCGUGGCGGGGCAAUCACCGAAUGCACUAAACCACGCGGGGCUCACGAACUAAGCACUUGAUGAAGCUUGUACUUCACAUUCUACGUUUGUCAGCUGUACUUUUUUAAUAUGUCCAUAUUUUUCUACCAGUAGAGGAAGGUGAGAGUGCGAAUGUGAAGAGAGAACAGUGUUGUUGUUUUUUGUUACUAAACAUAACCGUUUGUGACCCUACGUCGCAUUAUUUGGCAGCCAGAUGUUGGGCGGGGAUGUGAUUGUAUGACAUAAUGGCUGAAAGGUACUGUUAUAAUUCAUGAGUUUAAAAAGACUUUUUCAUGCAUAUUAUAACUUCUUUCGUUACAAUUGUAUUGCAAAUGUUAUCCACACUAUUAUCAAUUUAAAGGCAUUAUAUUAGGGCAGUAUGCUGUACAUAAGAAUUCUGUAAAAGGGAAGCAUGUCCUGUAUGUCGUGUGAAAAACUUUUUAAACAAUUGUAACUCCUGUUAACUUUGGAGCCCCCUCAAAAAAACAAACAAAAAAAAAAACGGAAGUUGUAUCAGUGAUAUUCACUCAAAAUUGUUUGGACUGGAAUGAACACAGAUUGAUAUUAUUGGACAAGAUGAAAAGACAGUAAAGACCAUUUACAAUAUCUAUUUUUUGUCUCAACUCACUUGCCAUUCGCCAUUUUUCUCUGUGUUGUCUUCAUAGGAACAAUAAUGGAUUACAAUGUCAUGGCUGAUGCCAAAGCAUUGAGGCGUGCCGUGCUGCUCUUGCAUUCUGUACGUGCACUUAGACUAUGGAAAUAAAGUUCGCCAACAUAUUUCAUAUCAAAUGAUUUUA